UUCCUCUUCCUCUCAGGGCAGGUAUAGCUGCCACAGCGGGACCAACACCCUGACCUGUCAUGGAUGGGGCCAGGGGGCCCAGGCUCAGAGACUUCCUGAGUGGGAGCCUGGCCACCUGGGCGCUGGGACUGGCUGGGCUGGCGGGGGAGGCAGAAGAAACAGAGGGGGAAGAGGAGGAGGAAGGAGAGGGGCCCCCUUGUCCGGAGAAGAGGUUCUUGCAUCUCAGCGAUGGGGCCCUGCUCCUCCGGGUGCUGGACAUCAUUGCCCCUAGUUCCCGAGGAGCCCCUCGGAUGAUCAGGGGCCCUGAUGACCCCCCAGCUCGGCGGGUGCGGAACCUGAGCCACCUGUGGGGACGACUGAGGGACUUCUACCAGGAGGAGCUGAGGCUGCUGAUCCUGUCGCCACCCCCAGACCUCCAGACACUGGGGUUUGACCCCUUCUCAGAGGAGGCAGUGGAGGAGCUGGAAGGCACCCUUCGGCUGUUGCUGGGGGCAUCAGUGCAGUGUGAGCAUCGGGAGCUCUUCAUCCGGCACAUCCAGGGCCUUAGCCUGGAGGUCCAGAGUGAGCUGGCUGCUGCCAUCCAGGAGGUGACCCAACCUGGGGCGGGCGUGGUGCUGGCGCUGGCUGGGCCUGAGCCUGGAGAGCUGGCAUCUCCAGAGCUGGAGAUGCUGUCCCGGAAUCUGAUGGGGACACUAUUGAGACUGGCCCGGGAGCGUGAUGUGGGGGCCCAGCGGCUGGCGGAACUGCUGCUGGAGCGACAGCCAACCCCCCUGCUGCCUGAGGCUCCUGCUGGGACUCCUCUGCAGGGCCCCUCGAACCACCUGGCCCUGCAGCUGGCCAACACCAAGGCCCAGCUGCGGCGCCUGCGCCAGGAGCUGGAGGAGAAGGCCGAGCUGCUGCUAGACUCCCAGGAGGAGGUGCAUGGCUUAGAGGCCGACAUUCGAAGGCUGCGCCAGGAGGCCCAGACGCUGUCGGGACAGGCCAAGAGGGCAGAGUUGUACCGCGAGGAGGUAGAGGCGCUGCGGGAGCGGGCCAGCCGCCUGCCCCGCCUGCAGGAGGAGCUGCGUCGCUGCCGGGAGCGGCUGCAGGUGGCCGAAGCCUGCAAGGGCCAGUUGGAGGAGGAGCGGGCGCUCUCUGGGACUCUGGAGGCCUCGAAGGCCCUGCUGGAGGAGCAGCUGGAGGCCGCCCAAGAGCGAUGUGCUCGGCUGCAUGAGACCCAGCGGGAGAACCUGCUUCUGCGGACCCGGUUGGGCGAGGCUCAUGCGGAGCUGGACUCUCUGCGGCAUCAGGUGGACCAGCUGGCAGAAGAGAACGUGGAGCUGGAGCUGGAACUGCAGCGGAGCCUGGAGCCACCCCCGGGCUCUCCUGGGGAGGCACCCCUGCCAGGAGCGGCCCCCUCGAUACACGAGGAAGUGAAGGAGGCAGAGGCCGGCCGGCUGCGGACCCUGGAGCGAGAGAAUCAGGAGCUUCGCGCCCUGCUGCAGGUGUUACAGGGGCAGCCAGGUGGUCAGCGCCCCCUGCUGGAGGAGCAGAGCCAGGGGGAAGCCUCCCAGGUCCCAGAGCUGGCCGUGACUCACCAGACUUGCCUGGCCUCAGACCAUGGCCCCCAGGGUCUGGUUGGCCCAGGUGGGGAUGCAGACCCCCAGACCUUGGACCUGGCUUCCCUGGCGUCAGACUCAGCCCCCACGGGGUUAGCGGAGUGUCCCCAGACAUCUGAUCCAGACACUCAAGUAACGGAGAGGCCCUUCCGGACGGCUGCCACGGCCCCCCAGACCUCAGAUGUGACGGCCCAGGAGUCGGGUCCUGCUGCGGAGACACAGGAGGCCCUGGAGAGGUCUGACCUCGGAGCCCCUCUCCAGACCUCUGCCUCUGCGGCCCCACCGCAGGGUCCAGAGAGCAAGAUGCAGGCCCAGCUGAUGUUGGGAGGAGGGACUGGGGAGUCUGUGCCCGAGACCCAGGGGCUGAGACAGGGGGUGCCUGAGUGCGCCCCUGAACCCGCAGAGCCCCGCCUCCAGGUGCAGCUGGAGGAGCCGGAGUCCUCAGGCCAGCAGCUGGACUUGCCCAGGGGACAAACAGAGGCCAGAGAGCAGGACCAGAGGCUGGAGGGGAUGACCGGGAGCCUAGCCCAGAAGACAGAAAGGGCUCCUGACGCCCAGACCUUGGAGAGGCCAAUCCCAGGGGAGAUCCUAACCUGUGGUGACCCAGAGCAGGAGGCCCUCCGGGAGGAGGUGGCUCGACUGAGGAGAGAGGCUGAGGCCCUCCGGGCUGAGUUGGAGGUCCAGGCUCGCAGGUUGGAGGCCCGAGGCACGGAGGCAGCUCGUCUCUCUGAGGAGCUGGCUCAGGCUCGGAGGGCAGAGGCCGAGGCCCACCGGGAAGCAGAGGCCCAGGCCCAGGAGCAGGCCCGGCUUCGGGAGGCAGUGGAGGCAGCCGGCCGGGAGCUGGAGGCGGCAUCGCGGGAGCGGGAGGCGCUGGCCGAGGCGCUGGUGGCAGCGGGCCGAGAGCGGAGGCAGUGGGAGCGAGAGGCACCCCGGCUGCGGGCCCGGGCUGAGGCCGCUGAGGAGCGGCUGCAAAUGCUGGAGGGCGAGAGCCGCCAGCACCUAGAGGAGGCCGAGAGGGAGCGCCGGGAGAGGCAGGCCCUCGGACAGGAUCUAGAGAAGGCUGUGGUGCGGGGCCAGGAGCUGGGGGCCCGCUUGGAGCGGCUGCAGAAUGAGCUGGAGCAGGCGACGCUGGAGCGCCAGGAGUUUCUGCGGGAACAGGAGCUGCAGCACCAGAGGUACGAGGGUCUGGAGCAGCGACUGAAAACGGAGCUGCAGGCCGUGGCCACCAGCAAGGAAGAGGCGCUGAUGGAGCUCAAGAAGAGGGCCCUGCAGCUGGAAGAAGAGCUGUUCCAGCUGCGCCAGGGACCCAUGGGGCAGGGGCCUGAGGAACACUCGGAGCUGAGGGUCAUGGAGGCCCAGAGCGGGCGGCUGGUCGAGGUUGAGCGCAGUAAUGCAACACUGGUGGCCGAAAAGGCAGCUCUGCAGGGGCAGCUGCAGCUGCUGGAGGGGCAGCUGGGAAGCCUACAGGGGCGGGCCCAGGAGCUGCUGCUGCAGAGCCAGCGGGCACAGGAGCACAGCAGUCGCCUGCAGGCUGAGAAGUCCGUACUGGAGAUGCAGGGCCAGGAGCUGCACAGGAAGCUGGGGGUGCUGGAGGAGGAGGUGCGGGUGGCGCGGCAGUCCCAGGAGGAAACCCGCAGGCAGCAGCAGUCUCUGCUGCAGGACCACGAGUCCCUGGCCCAGCUGCAGCGGCGGCAGGAGGCCGAGCUGGAGGGACUGCUGGCCCGUCACCGAGACCUCAAGGCCAACAUGCGGGCACUGGAGCUUGCCCACCGGGAGCUGCAGGGCAGGCAUGAGCAGCUGCAGGCCCAGAGGGCCAACGUGGAGGCGCAGGAGUUGGCCCUGCUGGCAGAGCGUGAACGCCUGAUGCAGGACGGACAUCGGCAGCGGGGCCUAGAGGAGGAGCUGCGGAGGCUGCAGAGCGAGCACGACAGGGCUCAGAAGCUGCUGGCAGAGGUGUCCCGGGAGCGGGGUGAGCUGCAGGGUGAACGGGGGGAGCUGCGGAGCCGGCUGGCGCGGCUGGAGCUGGAGCGGGCACAGCUGGAGAUGCAGAGCCAGCGGCUGCGAGAGUCCAACCAGCAGCUGGACUUGAGCGCCUGCCGGCUGACCACACAGUGUGAGCUGUUGACAGAGCUGCGGAGCGCCCAGGAGGAGGAGAACCGGCAGCUGCUGGCUGAGGUGCAGGCCCUGAGCCGGGAGAACCGGGAGCUCCUGGAGCGCAGCCUGGAGAGCCGGGACCACCUGCACCGAGAGCAGCGCGAGUACCUGGACCAGCUCAACGCCCUGCGCCGUGAGAAGCAGAAGCUGGUGGAGAAGAUCAUGGACCAGUACCGUGUGCUGGAGCCUGGGCCCCUGCCCCGGACCAAGAAGGGCAGCUGGCUGGCAGACAAGGUGAAGAGGCUGAUGCGGCCCCGGCGGGAGGGGGGCCCCCAUGGGGGGCCACGCCUUUGGGCCGAUGGGGCUGGCAGCACCGAGAACCUGGGGGGCCCCCCAGAGCCGGAGCUCUCCGAGGGCAGGGAGGCAGAUGGGACAGCGGUGCCUGGGCCCUCGGAGCGGCAGGGGGCUUUAGUGAGAGGUCAUUCAUUCCAGUCAGCAGACGAGGAAACCGAGGCCCGGGGAGGGGCAGCGCCUUGCCCAAGGUCACAGAGGUCCCCUUCACCGGCACCCAUGCGCCGGGCCCAAAGUUCCCUCUGCCUGCGGGAUGAGACUCUGGCAGGUGUGCAGCGGCGGAAGCUCAGCUCCCGGUUCCCGGUGGGGCGAAGCUCUGAGUCGUUCAGCCCCGGGGACACCCCCCGGCAGCGAUUCCGACGGCGCCCACUGGGGCCACUCAGCUCCCCUGGCAAAGGCCCUGGAGUGCGAUGGAAUGGCUCCGUCGAGACCCUGGCGGAACAUGAAGCAGAUGCCGGUGGAGAGGGUGAGCGGGGCCUCACGGUACAGGAGCCGGAGAAGAAACCUCUCGCCCCUUCCCUCAGCCAGUGACACGGAGUGGCCCGGGAGCUUGGGAGUGCAGUGCCCUCGCCGCUGGAGUCCCAGUAGGGGCCCCAGGCAGCCCAAGAAUUUGGGGAGCCAGGGCCUUGG